UCCCUAUUCAAAAUGGCACCAUCUCAAAUCAGGAAGUAGAGAAAACAACUACGACGAAUAAGUUGGAUAAAUAUCCCCGUGUAUGUGGCUUUGACGCGAGCGGUCGGUAAAAAAACAUCGGGCGGUGCGUUUGCGGGUCGGACAAACAGUAAAAUACACAUUCAAGCUCAUGCCAUGGAGAACACUUGCCCUUGUUAGACGUACGGUUUCACACACAGCCAGCGCGUGGGCCGAGGGGAACGGGUGCAUCGUCUAAUUCUGCUGGUCGUCAUGUGUGAAGCUGUGGUCUGAUGCCCACCCUCACCUCAGCGCUGGCCAUGGACGGGGAGAACUACCUGCAUCCAGAAGGCCCUCAGCUGGACCGCAGCUUGUUCCCUGUUGCCCCCUCAACCAUGGAGAGUUCAGUGUAUGCCUCCCCUGGUUCCUGGGGAUCCUUCUCUCAGCAGCCUGGAUACAGCAUACGCUGCCCUAUGCAACCUGGAAACCAGCAAUACCCCUUGAGCAGCAACACUACCCCCAACAUUCCAGAUAUGCACACGGACUUUUACCAGGGAAUUUCUGACAUGGACUUUGCUACCCUCAGCCUCCCAAGGAAUGGAGAUUUCUCCCAGGACCUGUCCUGCAUUGAUGACCUCUCAAACUCUCUAUUCUCCUCUCCGACUGACUCUCUGUCAGAGUAUGCUGACGCUCAACCCUUUGUCAGCGGAGACAACCUGGACACAGUUCCCACGCUCUGGGACGUCAACACUAGCAGCACCGCCGCACCAGCACAGAGCCACUUAGAGCAGAAUGGCACCGGCAGGUUUCAAAACUUCACCAGUUUGGAUGAUAUAACUGCUAUUAUCAGCACUCCAUCUUUAGGAGGAUUCCAGGCUCAGGGAACACAGCCACCACCAGUGGAGGAAGAGGAUGCUGAGGAGGAAGAGGCAGAAGAACUGGGACACGUUGACACAUACGCUGAGUACAAACCUUCUAAAUCCACUGUAGGAAUUUCUCAUCCUGACAUAGUGGUGGAAACCAACACGCUAUCCAGUGUCCCUCCUCCUGACGUCACAUACACUUUGGCCAUCCCAAAGUCAACCAUUGACAGUGGCCUACUGUCUGCGCUGCAGCUUGAAGCUGUCAUUUACGCCUGCCAGCAACACGAGGUGAUCCUUCAGAACAACCAGAGGGCGGGCUUCCUGAUUGGAGAUGGGGCCGGUGUCGGGAAGGGGCGCACCGUGGCAGGAAUCAUCCUGGAGAAUUUCCUUAAGGGAAGGAAGAAAUCACUGUGGUUUAGCAUAUCCAAUGACCUGAAAUUUGACGCAGAACGAGAUCUCAAAGACAUAAACGCACAGAAUAUUCCUGUGCACGCCUUAAACAAGAUAAAGUAUGGAGACACAGCUACCUCAGAAGGAGUCCUGUUUGCAACUUACUCUGCACUGAUUGGAGAGAGUCAAGCGGGAGGGCAGCACCGGACGAGGAUCAGGCAGAUCCUGGACUGGUGCAAGUCGGACUUUGAUGGAGUUAUUAUUUUUGAUGAAUGCCACAAAGCCAAGAACGCCACGUCUACAAAAAUGGGCAAAGCAGUGCUUGACCUGCAGAACAACCUGCCACAGGCCAGAGUGGUGUACGCCAGUGCCACAGGUGCCUCUGAGCCAAAGAACAUGAUUUAUAUGAGCCGCCUGGGAAUAUGGGGUGAAGGCACACCGUUCAGAACCUUUGAAGACUUCCUGCAUGCCAUCGAGAAGAGAGGGGUCGGAGCCAUGGAGAUUGUGGCCAUGGACAUGAAAGUGAGCGGGAUGUAUAUUGCCAGACAGCUAAGCUUUUCUGGUGUAGCCUUCCGCAUUGAGGAGAUUGGACUGGAUAGUGACAUCAGAGAGGUCUACAACAAAGCUGCCAAGCUGUGGGCGGAGGCAUUGCAGGUGUUCAUGCAGGCGGCUGACGAGCUGGGCCUGGUCAGCAGGAAGUCUUUAUGGGGACAGUUCUGGUCGUCUCACCAGCGCUUCUUUAAAUAUCUCUGCAUUGCUGCCAAGGUGCGCUCACUAGUGGAGCUGGCCCAGAAAGAGCUGGAGGCUGGAAAGGGAAGCCCAGAGUUCGUCAGGUCAAAGUGCCCAAGCACACAGUGGACAGCGGCGGCGUGAUCAACAUCUCAGACGACAGCAGCACCGACUCGGACGGCAUGGACACAGACUCUAACUCCUCGCCAGAUUCCCUGCAGGACAACGACGACGUCAUCUUUGUUCACCACACCAGCUGCCAGUCAGCCAGGAUAGAGGAAAUGAAGCAGAGCCUCCUCAAUAAAAUAUCAGAAAUAGGAAAAGAACUACCUCUCAACACGUUGGACGUGCUCAUUGAUAAGUUUGGAGGACCAGAUAAAGUCGCUGAGAUGACGGGCCGUAAAGGCCGUGUGGUGCGACGUCCGGAUGGCAGCGUACGCUACGAGUCGCGGGCCGAGCAGGGCUCCACCAUAGACCAGAUCAACAUCAAAGAGAAGGACCGCUUCAUGACCGGAGAGAAGUUGGUGGCAAUCAUCUCGGAGGCAGCUAGCUCUGGGAUUUCCCUGCAGGCAGACAAACGAGUGAAAAACCAGAGGCGCAGGGUCCACAUGACCCUGGAGCUGCCUUGGAGUGCAGACAGAGCAAUUCAGCAGUUUGGUCGCACUCACCGGUCCAAUCAGGUGACGGCUCCAGAGUACAUCUUCCUCAUCUCCGAGUUAGCUGGAGAGAGACGUUUUGCUUCUAUCGUGGCUAAAAGGCUGGAGAGUCUGGGAGCGUUGACCCAUGGAGACAGACGAGCCACUGAAUCAAGAGACCUGAGCAAGUACAAUUUUGAGAACAAGUAUGGUACYAAGGCUCUCGAUAAAGUUACCAAAGCAAUCCUUGGCCACAUAGAGAACAAGGUGCCCCCUCCCAAAGGAUACCCUGGUGGCGAUGCCAGAUUCUUUCAAGAAAUCAAAACGGGAAUGAUGCACGUGGGCAUCAUCUGUAAAGAGCCUCGCUUUGGGAUUAGCACUGAAAAAGACUGCAGCAUCACUAAGUUUCUAAAUCGCAUCUUGGGCCUGGAGGUCCACAAGCAGAACUACCUGUUCCAGUACUUCACAGAUAACUUUGACUAUCUGAUUGAGAAGGACAAGAAGGAGGGCAAAUACGACAUGGGAAUUCUGGAUCUUGCUCCUGGAAAUGAUGAAAUUUAUGAGGAGAAGCAGGAAACGUUCUUGACGGCUGGGAAUCCUCAAGACGGACAGGUUGUUCUUUAUAAGAUCACUGUGGACAGAGGUAUGCCCUGGAAAGAGGCUUACAGCAAGUCCCUGAAGCUCAGCGCUCCUGAUGAGGGCUUCUACCUGUCCUAUAAGCUGCGAGGUAACAGUCCAUGUGUGCUGCUGGCUGAGCAGGGGCGAGGGAAGCACUUCAACAUCUACAAGCCCAACAUCGGCAAGCAGACGCAGCCYGAGAGCCUCAACAACCUGCUGCAGAGAUACAAGAAGGUUACUCCAGAGGAAGCUAAGGACAGCUGGGAGAACCAGUUCACCUUCUCUUUAGAAAAGUGUAGUCACGCCAACUGGAAUGGGAAGUGUAAGAAAAUCGAAGAGGGCCACGAGUGUCUGCAGGGCAUGCGCCUCCGUCAAUAUCACAUGUUGUGUGGGGCUUUGUUACGCGUGUGGAAGCGGGUGUCCGACGUGGUCUCUGACAUCACCAACUCCAGCAUCCUGCAGAUCGUCCGCCUCAAAACUAAGCAGCGCAACAAGCAAGUCGGCAUCAAGAUCCCAGAGRCCUGCGUGGUCCGCGUGCGCGAGGAGCUAAUGCUAAUGAACGAAGAGGUGAAGAAGAGGAGGAAGGAGAAGCAGCUGCAGGAGCACAUGCGUCAGCUGGAGCAGGAGAACAAGCGCCUCCCAGACAACCAGAACUCCAUGCUCAACGCCUUCCUCAACCAGAAUCCGAGCCACGCCUUCGCACCGAGCCAGAACGCUCUGCAGAGGACUCAGAACGGCAGCAUGUCCCAGCUGGAGGCUCAGAUCCAGUCCGCUCUGCAGCAGCCCUCCUACAGUUUGUCUCUGCUGAGGAACCAGACCCAUCAAAGGACCCACAGCAGCUGGCCCAACAGCUCCAGCUCCUCCAGCACCAACAGCCAGGUGGUCCUGCCCAAACCUGUCAGCCACAGUUUCCCUCAGUUCUACAACCAGCCCUUCUUAACUUCGUAUCAUUUACCCAAAAACACGUCACUCCACCAGGCGGCGCCGUCUCCAGACUUGUCUUCCACUAAUCCCCUGAAUGAGAUCUUGGACCUGACGAUGAGCUCGCCCUCCCCCUCCACAGACAGCACAGACGCCGGGCCCAGCCUGGACUUUAACCUGGCUCUGUUCCCCGGGAUGGCCCCCGACGCCCCGCCCCCUGCAGCCCCACAGCAGCCUUUGAUGCUCCAGCAGCCGCCGCCGCCGCAGAACCACAAUCUGCUGACCAACAACCACGACCAGGACAUACUAGAGAUACUUGGCUURGCGCUGCCCCCGCAGAAAACCAACCCCUCAUCCUCAGCCUCCACCUCCUCCACCUCGUCGCUGUCAAACAACCCGGUGUCGCUCUUCUCCAUCCCUUCCUCGUCCCCUUCCUCCUCGUCCUCGUCCUCCUCGUCCUCCUCGCUGUUUUCCAACUCUUUACCCACGCCCUUUCUCCUCCAGCAGUCGGACCCCGUUUCUCUCCCCAACGGCCACUCUGGCGCCCUGGACGUGCGCGAGGCCCUGCACAGCAUGCUGCAGGCCGGACAGGACCGCAAGUCUGUCAUCCAGUACCCUCAGCAGGACUAAAAGCCUCGGUGGUUACACCUCAGUCAGACUCCGUAAGGUUGUUGGCAUUUUGUUUAGUCUUUUGGAGUAGAUUGCAUCCUUUUUUUUUUCUUUUUCUUUUUCUUUCCAUCCCUUUUGAACCUGUCCUCCCCUCAGGGCCAAUAGUCAAGUCACUGCCUGUUCCUUCUCCUUUAGCAUUUCCGACUUGUGGUUUAAUGUCAGAUUUCUGCACCAAAGCAAGGCAGCUGUUUCAAAAGUUCCAAAAAAAAAAAGAAAUAAAAGGAAAGGAAAAAAAAAAGAAAAGGAAGUCAGGAAAACAACCUGUGGUAACUGCACUCUGUGUGGGAAUCCUCUAACAAACCUCCUUUGCUGCUUCAUUUGAGGUGAGAUCAGUGAAUUCGCUGGAAGCUCUGAAUGGCUGUUUCUUCACCGUGCUUGGCAAAAAAAAAAA